AUGACGUCUCUAAGUCUUGUCACAGUUGCCGUCUGUUUGUUUGUCAUUCCCGCACUCGGUGGCUGGUCUCCGUAUUACUACAAGAAUGGACCACACGGCUCAGGUUACCCCGCUCGUCAAGGCGCUGGUGGUCAUGGAGGUGGUGUAGGUGCUGGCACAGGUUACCCCGAUCAUCAAGGCGCUGGUGGUGACGGAGGUGGUGUAGGUGCGGGCGCAGGUUACCCCUCUCGUCAAGGCGCUGGUGGUCAUGGAGGUGGUGUAGGUGCUGGCACAGGUUACCCAGAUUUUAAAAGCGCUGGUGGUCAUGGAGGUGGUGUAGGUGCUGGCACAGGUUACCCCGCUCGUCAAGGCGCUGGUGGUCAUGGAGGUGGUGUAGGUGCUGGCACAGGUUAUCCCUUUCGUCAAGGCGCUGGUGGUCAUGGGGGUGGUGUAGGUGCUGGCACAGGUUACCCCGCUCGUCAAGGCGCUGGUGGUCAUGGAGGUGGUGUAGGUGCUGGCACAGGUUAUCCCUCUCGUCAAGGCGCUGGUGGUCAUGGGGGUGGUGUAGGUGCUGGCACAGGUAACCCCCUUCUUCAAGGCGCUGGUGGUCACGGAGGUGGUGUAGGUGCUGGCAGUGGAACCAAUCAGGCAGGUGCCGGGCAAGGUAGACCUUUUCGCCGACUUCCCCGAAAACUGCCUCAGCUGGAAGUAUACGUUAACCCUCAGGACGCCGUAGCCACAUCUGUGGUCAGAACCACUGACCAGUACUUCUACAAACCCGCACCUGUUGGCUUUGACCACAUCAUCACAAACAUCAAUGGCGGAUACAACAAGGAAUACGGUGUCUUCACCGCUCCCGUGCCAGGAAUCUAUUCCGUCAACUACCACGUACAAAGCAAGAAAGGCAGCACUAAAGAGGCCUAUGUGGAUCUGACCCAGAACGGACAAGUCGUGAACUCCGCCAAGGCAGAAGGUAAUUGUGUCACGGCAUCCAACUCCGCCGUCCUCUACCUUGACCAGUUUGACCGGCUCAGUGUCAACGGUCGUGAAGGAACCAUCAUUGGCUGUAAGAAUAACGGUUUCUGUAGCUUUAGCGUGUCUCUGGUUAAACCGGGUAGAUUCACAGAUCUUAAAAUCCCACGAGCUGUACCCAUGGAUAAAUCUACCCAUGGGUAA